CAGCCCCCCGCCCGGCCAGAACACUCACGCGGCGCGACGCGAAGGAUGCACGCCCGAGUGCGGCGCAGCACGUUGGGGAUGCCCUUGCUGAAGUAGUGCGGGAAGGCGCGCUGCUCAAAGGGCGACAAGCUGUAGGUGAUUACAUGCCGCAUCCGCAUCAGAUGCCCAAACUCGCGGCCCAUGGUCGCGGUGGCGCCUGCAGGACGGAGGGUGGAAAGGCGCUGGGCUCAGGCCCCGGACAUGCCGCCCCCAACCCGAGGCUCUCCCCGGCGCUCCUCAUCCCUCCCAGCCUAGACGGCGCCCCCACCCCGCCAGGGCCACCGAGACCGCACUACCGGACCCCACUCCCGCACCGAGGUCACCUCGCCCUCCGCAGCGCGGGAUCCACCGGCUUCCGUCCACCACUUCCGGUAGGAUCGGACGCCGCGCUAGGAGGCAGUGAGGUCACUUCCGGGAGGACCCCUUCUCGGCUGUCUCCGGAGGAAGGCGGCAUCCUCACCGGGCGGGAGAGGAGCGCCCCGGCCGAGUGACGUGAGGUUCUGUACGAUGGGCAAAUGGAGGCCCCCAGGCUGCAGCCAGAUGACAGAGCUUUGCACUAUAUGAAGAGGCUCUAUAAGGCAUGUGCUACCAAGGAGGGGAUCCCGAAAUCCAACAGAAGUCACCUCUACAACACUGUUCGGCUCUUCACCCCCUGUGCCCAGCACAAGCAGGCUCCUGGGGACCAGGUGACAGGUACCCUCCCAUCAUCAGUGGACCUGCUGUUUAACCUGGAUCGUGUUACUGCUGUUGAACAUUUACUCAAGUCAGUCUUGCUAUACACUUUCAACAACUCCGUUUCUUUUCCCUCUCCUGUUAAAUGUGUGUGCAACCUGGUGAUAAAAGAGCCAGAGUUUUCUAGCAAGACUCUCCCAAGAGUUCCAUACUCAUUUACCUUUCACUCACAGUUUGAACUUAGAAAGAAAUACAGAUGGAUUGAGAUUGAUGUGACGGCUCUCCUUCAGCCUCUAGUGGCCUCUAACAAGAGGAGUAUUCACAUGUCUGUAAACGUUACGUGUGUAAAAGACCAGCUGCAGCAUCCUUCAGCGCAGGACUGUCCACUUAACAUGACUCUUCUGGUAGCCCCCUCACUGCUUUUAUAUCUGAAUGACACAAGUGCUCAGGCUUAUCACAGGUGGUAUUCCCUCCACUAUAAAAAGAGGCCUUCACAGGGUCCUGACCAGAAGAGAGAGCUGUCUGCCUAUCCCAUGGGAGAAGAGGCUGCUGAGGGUGUAAGAUCGUCCCGUCACCGGAGAGAUCAGGAAACUGUCAGCUCUGAAUUGAAGAAGCCUCUGGUUCCAGCUUCAUUCAAUCUGAGUGAAUACUUCAAACAGUUUCUUUUUCCCCAAAAUGAGUGUGAGCUCCAUGACUUUAGACUCAGCUUUAGUCAGCUGAAGUGGGACAACUGGAUUGUGGCUCCACACAAAUACAACCCUCGAUACUGUAAAGGGGACUGUCCCAGGGCGGUCGGACAUCGGUAUGGCUCUCCGGUUCACACCAUGGUGCAGAACAUCAUCCAUGAGAAGCUCGAUUCCUCAGUGCCGAGACCAUCCUGUGUACCUGCCAAGUACAGCCCUUUGAGUGUUUUGGCAAUUGAGCCUGAUGGCUCAAUCGCUUAUAAAGAAUAUGAAGAUAUGAUAGCCACUAAGUGCACCUGUCGUUAACAUAGGCUCCUCUCAAGUAAAACCGUGAGUCUCCUGGCCAAAGUAAAUAUCGUGCGGCUGUCUGCCUUUGGGAGAAAGUUUCAUGUAUCAAAUCUCUAAAUGUAAUGCAGUGUGUUGUGUAAGGAGGAGCCUGUGUAGAUUAGCACAUUCUGUGGCAUCUAUCACUGUAAAGGGAUAACAGCUGCCUUUCUCAUUUCCAAAUGUAAAUAAAAUGUACUU